AUGGCAUUAGUUCAUGCCGAAUUGACCGCUACUUGCAAUUCAUUAGGAUGUGCAGGAGCUGAAAAGUAUUGCAUUGAUCCGCAAUGUUCAGAGGCCGUUCGCGAUCUCAUCAAGUUUUUGAGACGUGAUGGAGAUGACCAUGAAAUCCGUCGCCACCUUGGUACAGCAAAUAUUGUGGAGACUGAUUUGUUACCAAUACUGGUCGAAUACUCAAACGAUUCAGAUUUGUUUGAUUUAAUCAUACGGCUAUUAGUCAAUCUUACAACGCCCGCAUUAUUGAUAUAUAACGAACAGCCACCCAUUGAGAAAACGCAGAGCCAAAAUUACUUGCAAAUAGUGUCACACCUACAAAAAUACAAACGAGCAUUUACAGACAUCAAUGUCUGGAAAAUAAUAGUGAAUAAAUUGGCAGAAGUUAUACAGGCGGAGUACCAUGAGAAAGGAGAAGAAAAAGUAUUGUCCACGGUGAGACUUCUCAUUUUAGUCCGUAAUAUACUGCAUGUGCCUGCAGAUAAUGAUGCCGAGUGUAGACCUGACAAUGAUGCAAACUUACAUGAUCAAGUCCUGUGGGCAUUGCAUCAGAGUCAACUCAUUGAUAUCAUCAUGUAUAUAACAUGUUCAGUUAAUGAAGAGCAAUACUAUUUACAUGCAUUAGAAAUUAUUUCACUCAUGCUUCGAGAUCAAAAAGCAGCAGAACUUGCAAAUGCAUCAGUCAAUCGUACUGAGACUGAAAAACAGAGGGAUGAACAUGAUCUCAAAGUAGUUAUGGAUCAAGAACGAAAAGAAAAGAUGGAUAAGCUUAAAAAGUAUAGUGGAUCGCGCCAUUCAAAAUUUGGAGGCCGAUACGUUGUUUCUGGUAUGAAAUCAAUUGGUGAAAACGAAAUGGUUGUUUCAUCAAUGACAUCUAACAUAAAUAAAGCUUUUGACCGUCACAAGAAACCUCUUAAAACUCCUCGUAACAGAUUACCUAUGAGAGAUGCUGGUAUUGAACGCAAAUCUGCGUUUAGUGUUAGACUCUUCUUAAAAGAGUUCUGUGUUGAAUUUUUACAUGGGGCAUAUAACAUGUUAAUGAAAUAUGUCAGAGAAAUGUUAGUGCGUUCAAAAGGCCAGCCCAAUGAUGAGUCAUAUUAUUUUUGGGCAAUGCAAUUUUUCAUGGAAUUUAAUCGCAAUUAUAGAUUUGAAAUUAAAUUAGUUAGCGAAACUAUGGCUUUAAACAUAUUUCAUUUUGUCCAAGAACGCAUUGAAGAAAGCCGUGAAAAAUUGAUAACUGAUAAAAAAAAAAUCCCUAUUUGGUCUAAACGCAUGCAUUUAGGACUUAAAGCAUAUAAAGAAUUAAUGGAAACACUCUUAGUGAUGUAUCAAAGUAAAAAUCCAACUUUAGAAUCUAGUGCUCGGACAAUUUUAACUAAUUUAUUUUACAUGGUUGAGUAUAGAGAUUUGCUAUUGAGUUUGCUACAUUUAUAUGAUGAAACAAAAUUCUCACAAAUUUACCUCAAGGAUCUUAUUGAAACAAAUCAUGUUUUUAUGAAACUUUUAGAGCAUGUAGGGAAAAAACAGCGUAAUUUGAUUGUGCAGUGCAAAGCAAGAAAGAAAAAGACUUCCAAAAAAACCAAAACUGCUACUCAAGUUACUCCAGAAAAUGAUGAUGAUAUGUGGAAUAAUUUCAGUCCAGACCUCAAAGAAAUUAUUCAAAUACGUGAACUAGCUAUUGAAGCCAUUGAAGCAAGACCUUAUGACCCUAUAUCUGAAGUGCCAAUGGAAGACCAAAAAGUUGAAGCCAUGCAACGUAUACGAAUACAUAUAAGAAAUAAACGUUUGGAAGAAUCUGUACAACUAUUAAGAGCUUCUAGGGAAGUUUGGCCCGAGGACAGUUAUUUUGGAAAACCAGGGCUAAAUAGCGAUGAUGAAUUAGACAUUUUAAAACAAAUUUUCCAUGCUGAUCUUGGAACGCCCAUAGGUUAUGAUGAAAACGUUACAGAAUCUAAUGAUUUAAAUGAUACCGAAAAUAUCAAUGUUGGUGAUGAGGAAGAAGAUGACGAAGAAGAGUCUAGUCAAAUUAGAACAGAAGAAGCAAAUUUUGAAUUCAUAGAUUUUGUAAAAAAAUUUGCAAAACCGAAAAUUUUACAAAACUGCUGUCUGCUCUUGAAAGAAUUUGAUAGUAAUUCUACAUAUACCAAUCAUGCAAUAGUGAAACUUCUCCAUCGCAUUACAUAUGACUGCAAGUAUAGUGCUUUGAUGUUUCAAGCUUCUGUUUUUCGAGUUUUUCAAAAAAUAUUUUCGUCCAAAAAUCCUAGUCACAAAGAAUUAAAACAUUUUGCUACAUUUAUUAUGAGAAAAUUUACGGAAGUAGCGAAAAAAAAUAAAAAAGUUUUUAUGGAAAUAUUGUUCUGGAAAGAAUUAAAAACCGCGUUUGAAAUUGAAGAAGGAUAUGAUGCAGAUCAAAAUCCUAAAACAAAUUGGAGCGAGGAACAAGAAGAUGAGCUACAUAGAUUACAUGAAGAAUAUACAAGAGAUAUGCCCGAUGAAGAUGAAGUGGCUUGGAUAUGCAAGAACCUAAUUAGACAGGACCGUUCAAGAAUUAGUGUUCUUAAAAAACUCAAACAACUUGAAAUCAUUCCAAUAAGGAAAGCAUCAAAAAUCAUAAGAGAGUUUUCUGAAGCUGAAAUUGUACAAAUGACUCAAUUAUUCCAAGAAUUUAAAGAUGCAAGCAAUCCAAUACAUUUAAUCAUGAAUAAAUUAGAUGUGAAACGCCCAAGAAAUCACAUAAUUGAUAAGAUGCUUGAAUUGGGUUUAAUUAAAGAUCGAGACGAGCUAAGAAAAAAAAAACCUAAGAAUUCUAAUAAAUCCAAGAAAAACCAAAAUAAUUCGAGCGAUGAAAGUAAUGAUGAUUUCAAUUCAGAUAAUGAUGAUACAGAACCUAUUUACCAUAGCUUAACUUCUGUUUAUGUAUUGAAUGCUAUUAAAAAAGUAAUCGAUAAAGACAUGAAAACCGCUCUAUUGUGGUUGAUUGGGAGCUUAGACGAGGCUGCAAACGAUUUAGAUGUAGAUGAAUCUGAUAUUCCCCUAUUGCCAUUGACUGAUGAAUGCAUGACAGCUGUUAAUGAUAUUGAUUUUCAAGAAAUGAUGCAAGCAUUAGGCAUACAUAAACCGUCGAGUAUUCAGGAAACCUAUUGGCGUAUACCGGGUAGAUGGCAAGCAAAUGAUAUCCGCCAACGAUCCACAACUAUCACAAAUGUGAUUGAAGGCAAUUUCGUGGCUGAUGACUUGACUAAUACAAAUAGUAGAGUUGACGACAGUAGUGAUGAGGAUGUGGGAGCAACGUUUGAAAGGAUAAGGCAAUCUCUGGCUCAAAACAGUGUAAAUGAUGAUCGGAAAACAGUAAAUACAUCUUUAAAAACAAACUCUUCAAAAAUUAAAGAAAAAUCCAAUGUUCCUGACUUUAGUAAAGAUAAAAUUGAAUUCAACAAAAAAAAUGGUCGUAAUAGAAAAACAUUUUUAUUAGAGGAUAGUGAUGUUGAAGAUGAUGUUACUUCAUUAAAAGUACCGUCAGAUGAUUGUGACAGUGGAGUUAGUGAGCAUAAUUUUUCGGUGAGAAAAUUAUUAGAAGACAGUGAUGAUGAUGACUUGGAAAAUAGUAUUGUUUCAAAGAAAAAAAAGAAAACCGUAUUUGAAGACAGUGAUGAAGAAGAUAGAAAAGCUAAUCAAAAUAUUUCAGAACAAGUUAAUAGUGAACAAAAUGUAGUUUCUACUAAAACCAUAGUAGAAGUAGACAUUGAUGCAGACAGCAGUGACGAGGAAAAAACUGUUUUUUCAACAAAAAAUAAAGCAAAAACAACCUUAUUAGAAGAAGUCACAGAUUUUACUACGAGAUCUCAAUUAGAUGGUAGCGACGAAGAAGGUUUUGAUAAGAAUCAUAAAAGAAAGCCAUCGUUGACAAACAGUGACUCAGAAGAGGAAAUUGGUGGGUUUGUAAAAAAAACAAAAUACUUCAUUAAUGAUGACAGCGACUAA